GGAGGGUGAAGACACCAGCUGCUCUGAGAGCAUCAGUGUUUCUGUGUGGAAUAGGAUCAUUCACUGGCUCUGCAUUUUAAAGGAAUGAGACUGACGUUAUGGGAGUUUCUUUUACUCUGAAUGCUGAAGAUCGCUCUCCUCCAGCUGUCGUCCUAAAUUAGCUGAGCUCUGUGAAAAGAGAGCCGUUUCAACUGACCCCUUCUGCUCCUUGAAGCUCCAGCCGUCCGUGACACCCAAAUGCUGCCGGUCUUUCAUCAAACUGGUCACUCCUGGAGAAAAAUGGACUUGGAGUGAAGGGCGGCCCUUUAUGUGGGCUGACUCCCUCUAGGACGACUCUGAAACUAGUUGAGACUCAAAUGGGUGACCUAUGACAAUGUAACCAAUAAGGGGACUUGAGUUCUCGCUUUAGCAAGCAGCUGCAAGCAGGAUAUGAGCUUGAGCCGUGGGUAUCGGCGAUAAAACGAACCUUUCGUUGCUUGAGGCCUCCUCUAACAUCAUGCAGUCAUCUGAGGAAUUGUUUAACAGGAAGCUGAAAGCGUUGAAUGGGAGUAUGGGACAUCCAGCGGGCAACAUGCAGGGCAAGCUGGACGGGGGUGGCAAGACGAACGGAACACCUGCUAUGCCUAAAAUGGGGGUGCGGGCCAGGGUGACGGACUGGCCCCCAAAAAAGGAGGGUUGGGGACCCAACUACGAGACCGUCAUCAUGGCCUUUCAGAACGGACAGCCAGACCAAAGUGUGGAGAUCACGGAUUUGGGCGAAGCUCCUUUGGAGCCUGAUUAUUCGGAUACAAAAUAUUCCUUGAGUGACCUUUUGAGUCGAUCCCCUUUGAAGGGAAUUCAUCCCAUUCGCCAACGGAGUAACAGUGACGUGACCAUCAGCGACAUUGAUGCGGAGGACAUAAUGGACCAGAAUGCUGUUAACCCCAACACCGGCGCCUCGUUGCAUCGGGAGUACGGCAGCACGUCUUCGAUUGACCGCCAGGGUCUUGGGAACGAUGGGUUCUUUACUAUGUUGCGAGGAUAUCGGAUUGACAACUUGGACCAUCGCAGCGCUCCGCCUGCCGGGUUCCCAGAGCUCCUUUGCUACGACACAACCCUCUCCCCAAGCUUGCAGACCGCUGCACAAAUAGCCCGCGGCGAGAUCAUCCACGUCUCCGGCUACGACUACGUGGACAGCUCCCUCCUCUACAGCCGAGAAAGAGAGAAGUCCUUCAUGCAUCAUCUCAAGUCGGAAUCAUCUGAAACAUCGCUGUUCAAAAAACUGAGGACUAUUAAGAGCGAGAAUGACGGUCUGCGUCUCUCCACCGAGCAAGACGACCGCCGGCCGCUCAGCUUCCAGAAGUGCUUCGCUCACUAUGACGUCCAGAGCGUCCUCUUUAACAUCAGUGAAGCGGUGGCCAAUCGCGUAACCCUCAGCCAGAGGAAGAACACCACCACUGGAGCUUCUGCUGCAUCCCAAUACCAAGUCCCAGGAAGUGGACAAGUGGCUGGGAAUACAACUGGACCUGCAUCCAUGUUCGAAUCGCCGCUCGGAAGUCGGGAAGACCUCAAUCCCAAGGAGAACCUGGAUGCGGAUGAGGGGGAUGGGAAGAGCAAUGGAUUGGUGCUGAGUUGCAUGCAUUUUCGCAAUGAGAUUGGUGGAGAAGGGGAGAGGAGGAUAUCUCUAUCCAGGGCCAACAACGCCACCUACAGCGCUGGAGGAGAAAACUGCUCGUUUGAGUCCUCCUUGAGCUCCCACUGUACUAAUGCUGGCGUGUCUGUACUGGAGGUGCCACGAGAAAGCCAGCCAAUCCACCGUGAAAAGGUCAAGCGGUACAUCAUCGAGCACAUCGACCUCGGAGCAUAUUAUUACCACAAAUACUUCUAUGGGAGAGAGCACCAGAACUACUUCGGCGUGGAUGAGAACUUGGGUCCGGUGGCCAUCAGCGUACGGAGAGAAAAGCUGGAUGACGGGAAAGACAAGGAGGCAGCGCAGUAUAACUACCGCAUUACCUUCAGGACGAGUCAGUUAACUACCCUGCGCGGGGCGAUUCUGGAGGACGCUGUGCCCUCCACGGCGAGGCACGGGACGGCCCGCGGUCUCCCGCUGAAGGAGGUGCUGGAGUACGUGGUUCCUGAGCUGAACAUCCAGUGCCUUCGACUGGCCAUCAGCUCACCCAGAGUCCCGGAGCAGCUCCUCAAACUGGACGAGCAGGGGUGUAGACCUUGCGUGGGAUCCCAUCUGAGUCAGUCGAACUCCAGUGCGUGUAGUCAUGCACGUUACAGCGAAGCAGGGAAGUCCGGUGGCAGUAAAAUUACACGCUUCACCUUUGUGGAGAUGAACGGGGGUCUCAAUCGCUGCCUCUGGGGAAGCAGUGUUGCGGUAUCCAGAUCCAAAGACGUGCCUCCGUUCGGCCCUCCCAUUCCUAAAGGAGUGACCUUUCCCAAGUCGGCCGUCUUCAGGGACUUCCUACUGGCCAAGGUGAUCAACGGGGAAAACUCUGCGCACAAAUCGGAGAAGUUCCGUGCCAUGGCGACCCGUACGCGGCAGGAGUACCUCAAGGACCUUGCAGAGAACUUUGUGAGCACGACGACGGUGGACACGGCGGUGAAGUUCAGCUUCAUCACGCUGGGGGCCAAGAAGAAGGAGCGGGUGAAGCCGCGGAAGGACGCCCAUCUCCAGAGCGUGGGCGCCGUCACGUGGAGCGUGGUGGCACGGGAUUUCGGCCAAUCUACAGACUUGGAGUGCCUGCUGGGGAUUUCCAACGAGUUCAUCAUGCUGAUCGAGGAGGCGUCCAAGAACGUGAUUUUUAACUGCUCCUGUCGGGACGUCAUCGGCUGGUCGUCUAGCGUCAUGAGCAUCAAGAUCUUCUACGAACGAGGGGAGUGCGUGAUGUUUUCCGCGCAUGACAACUGUGGAGAAGACAUUCGAGAGAUCGUGCAAAGACUUGAGAUGGUGACGCGCGGCUGUGAGACCACAGAGAUGACCUUGCGCAGGAACGGUCUCGGUCAGCUCGGCUUCCACGUUAACUUCGAGGGCAUCGUGGCUGACGUGGAGCCGUUCGGAUACGCCUGGAAGGCCGGUUUGCGUCAGGGCAGCCGGCUGGUGGAGAUCUGUAAGGUGGCGGUGGCCACGCUGACCCACGAGCAGAUGAUCGACCUGCUGCGCACCUCCAUCUCCGUCAAGGUGGUCAUUAUCCAGCCGUAUGAGGACGGAGCUCCCAGAAGGUGUCAGUCUCCUGUGCUCCACGAGCGCUCGGCUGAAGCCCAGGGCAUGCUGGGAGACGGGGAGAUACCGCGGGAGAGAGAGCCGACUCUGGAGAGGACACGCUCUGCAGAGGCGAAGUGGCACGUCCCUUCCACCAAGAUCCUCAACUCCUUGAAGGAAAGAGGCAAGGAUGCACCAAACAAGUUGACGCGGGGCGGCGAUAAGAACUCCAGCCACUCCAGCAGUAACACUCUGUCCAGCAACGGCUCCAGUAGUAACAGUGAUGAGAAGCACUUUGGCUCCGGGGACCUGAUGGAUCCAGAGAUGCUGGGUCUCACCUACAUUAAAGGAGCCUCCACAGACAGCGGCAUUGACACCGCGCCCUGUAGCAUGACCCCGGGGGUCACCGGUGUGUCUGUUUCCCGCGUCAUGCUCCAGGGCCCUGGGGCAUCUGAUCCGGGACACCCGUGGACACCGGAGCUGACAGAAGAAGGGUCCACGGAGGAGGACCAUGGCAGGUUGUACCUUCCGCAGAGCUACGCCGCGGCUCUGGCGGCCGGACAUGCGCCCGUGGACGGGAGUAUGGGAGACCUGAGCGAGAACUCAUCUCAUUCUAGUGUGAGCCAGGCUUUAGGUGGCGAUAAGAACUCCAGCCACUCCAGCAGUAACACUCUGUCCAGCAACGGCUCCAGUAGUAACAGUGAUGAGAAGCACUUUGGCUCCGGGGACCUGAUGGAUCCAGAGAUGCUGGGUCUCACCUACAUUAAAGGAGCCUCCACAGACAGCGGCAUUGACACCGCGCCCUGUAGCAUGACCCCGGGGGUCACCGGUGUGUCUGUUUCCCGCGUCAUGCUCCAGGGCCCUGGGGCAUCUGAUCCGGGACACCCGUGGACACCGGAGCUGACAGAAGAAGGGUCCACGGAGGAGGACCAUGGCAGGUUGUACCUUCCGCAGAGCUACGCCGCGGCUCUGGCCGCCGGACAUGCGCCCGUGGACGGGAGUAUGGGAGACCUGAGCGAGAACUCAUCUCAUUCUAGUGUGAGCCAGGCUUUAGGUGGCGAUAAGAACUCCAGCCACUCCAGCAGUAACACUCUGUCCAGCAACGGCUCCAGUAGUAACAGUGAUGAGAAGCACUUUGGCUCCGGGGACCUGAUGGAUCCAGAGAUGCUGGGUCUCACCUACAUUAAAGGAGCCUCCACAGACAGCGGCAUUGACACCGCGCCCUGUAGCAUGACCCCGGGGGUCACCGGUGUGUCUGUUUCCCGCGUCAUGCUCCAGGGCCCUGGGGCAUCUGAUCCGGGACACCCGUGGACACCGGAGCUGACAGAAGAAGGGUCCACGGAGGAGGACCAUGGCAGGUUGUACCUUCCGCAGAGCUACGCCGCGGCUCUGGCCGCCGGACAUGCGCCCGUGGACGGGAGUAUGGGAGACCUGAGCGAGAACUCAUCUCAUUCUAGUGGCUCCCACCACUCCGGCAGCCCCUUACCCCACAGCUUCAAGCACAUGUCCUCUCCAGAACCUUCCAGAACCCAGGCAGUCCCCCACAGUAGCCAGGAGCCAGGGCCCAGCACUGAUGUGCACACACAAAGCCGUAGGAGAUCAGAUGACAAACCGAUUCCGGACGAGCCCCCGAUUCAGUCCGAGUGUGGGCAGCUGUACGCCGCAGAGCCGUCCUGUGGGCUGCAGGACAGAGGACGGGACAAGCUGAAGGACGGAGGUCUGCAGCCCAACAUGUCUAAAGAGGAGUACAUGAAGAUGAAGCUGCCUGAAAGCCCUCCUGGAGAGAGUGGCCACAGGAAGGCAUCUGCGACGGGCAGCCUGUCCCCGCGGCGGUCGCUGUACCGGACUCUCUCGGACGAGAGCGUGUGCAGUAACAGGAAGGGCUCGUCCUAUGCCAGCUCACGGAGCUCAAUGCUGGAUCAAGCCCUGCCCAACGACAUCCUGUUCAGCAGCACUCCACCCUACCACUGCACCCUACCGCCCCGCAUCAGCCUCAACCAGCCCGCAUCCAACCUCAAGAAUGAGUUCUGGUUCUCUGACGGCUCGCUGGCCGACCGCUUGAAGUUCAGCGACCCGGGUCUCAUGCCUCUGCCAGACACCGCCACGGGCCUGGACUGGUCUCACCUCGUCGACGCCGCCAGAGCCUUUGAAGACCAGCGCGUGGCCUCGUUCUGCACCAUGACGGACAUGCAGAGAGCCGAAGCGCUGCAGAUCUCGCGUGAGCUCACCAGACGCGUGGCAGCUGCUGAAGGAGCCGCACUGGAGGCCGGUGAUACGUCUCCAGCCACGCUGACGGGUAAAGUCAAUCAGCUGGAGGUCAUCCUGAGACAGCUGCAGUAUGACUUGAAGAAGGAAAAGGAAGACAAGGCGAUCCUGCAGGUGGAGGUGCAGCACCUGCGGCAGGACAACAUGCGUCUGCAGGAGGAGAGCCAGACGGCUGCCGCACAGCUCAGGAAGUUCACCCAGUGGUUCUUUCACACCAUCGACAAGAAGCCUUGAUGGAGACCACUGAAGACUUUCAGGACUGCACGCCAUUGACCUACACUAGCAAAGCCCGAUUCCUACUGCAGUUCAAUCAGAUGCAGAAUGUAAGUAUAUUCUGGACUGAAGAAGAGUGUAGAUGAGCAGCGAAGACACACGGAGGCAGGUUUAGCACGGAGAAUGUACUCAAUUAGCAACUAAACGAUGUUUCUGGAGGUGGAUCAUGAAUGUAACACAUCAAGACUUGGCGAGACGUUAUUGAAAGGCGCAAUCAAACGUUGAAGUUCAGCGGGUCAACGGUACCUUUUGAAUCUUUUCUGUCCACAAUCAUCAAAUUCUGGCAAUAAGAGUCAUGGAUUUGCCAAGCAAACACAAUGUGAAUAGUUCGUGAAGCUGUAAAUGUUGAGAUUGUGCCUCAGAGAAAAGCCGAAAUGAAGCAGGUGUGUGCAUAACGUGGCUUUCCGCUCCUGCCUCGUCUCGAAUCCACAGUCACAUGCCAAAACUCUGUGUCCAUGUCUGUACAGAACCUCCAAUCAAGUGUCUUGUAUUUAACACUGUUAUUUAAGCUUCUUUCACCUAAAUUAGUUUAUUUUAUUCAAAUGAGCGGCUUCUGGAGGAACGGCUGUGAGAAGGCCAUACUGUGACUGUUUUGCCAGGACUGUGUCCAAUACAUAGAUAUAUUGAGGAUUUGUCUUUUUUUCCCCUCAUUCCAACAUUUGGAUGCUGCUAGAUAACAUUUUGUUGGUUUCUAUGCUUUUACAAAUGUGUGUCUCUGUAAAUUUCAUGUAAAAUGGGACUUUGGUUGCUUUUUUUUUUUUUAAUAAAUGUAGUAUGUAAAAUAAAUCUGAUGCGUCAUCUUAAUAUUUCAG